CAACAUCAACAUCAACAUCAUCAACAGCAGCAGCAGCAGCAGCAGCUGGACCGUUCCGUUCACCCUGACGCCCUUGCUCGUUGGCUCGUUGCGCUGCUCGGAUCGCACGGAUCACCAGCACUUGUUGUUGUGGUCAAACGCGGACCGCGCUGCCGAGUAUUCAUUGUCACGAGGAAUCGCUUCUUCCGACUGACCAUCCAGCCCGAAGCUCUGGGUCGGCUCGUCUAAACCCCUCGAAAGGGCUUGGUUGGGGCAACAACACCCUCUUGCUCACAUCAACAGCCCAUCGUCACCCCCCAUACACACCCACAAACAAACACACGCACCCGGACGCGCUGCUUCGCCAUUCUUGCCGUUGGUACACGCCAGCCGCCCCGCAAUUUCCCCUCCAACUCGAUCCCAAAUCGCUGUUGCCUUUUCCCUCGCUUGCUUGCCUCCUGCCUCGCCUGUCUGGAUCACCGGUUCUUGCCCUAUUCCACGGCGUCGGCGUCGGUGUCAGCUUGGCCCCGACCCCAGCACCAUGUCGACCAUCCAAGGCCCCGCCGUUGGUCAACGGACCCCAGCCCCGCUCAUCGAGUCACGCCUCGUCAUUCGUGAACCCGCCAUCAAACAACCCACCGCCAUCAACCUCGAUUUCAUCCGUAGCGGCGAGCAAUUCGCGCGGUCUCGCGCCAUGCCCAACACGACACCCGAAACAAUGGACCAGCUCGCACCUCCCACAUCGCGCCCCCGCUCGGACUCGCAACGCUUGCAAAGCUUUUACGAGAAGACGCUGCUGGCCGUUGCCGAAGCCACACGUCGUCGCACCAAGAGCGAGGCCGAUUCAUAUCUACCAGCGCGCCCAAGCCCCGUCACACCCAUGACACCAGUCUCCGUCGUCAACCUCGACUUUCUCCGCUCCGGCCGCCAGUUCCUGCAGCCUCCCCUGGCCUAGGCAGCAAGCAUCACACCAGUGCUUUCGGUCCCCCCCAUUCUUCAUCACUCUCGAUCAGGCCAGCUCUGAUCCAUGUCCAUGUCUGGAAAUACAUCUUUGCCCUUCCAAAAGAUGUUUGUCGUCGUGUUUGUUUGUUCAUCGUCUAUUGCUUGUUGUUCUUGCUUUGGCUGCGCCAAAAUUCAACAUUCUUUG